GCCUUGAACCGGGGCAUCGCUGCUGUCAAGGAAGAUGCGGUGGAAAUGCUGGCCAGCUACGGGCUGGCAUAUUCCCUCAUGAAGUUCUUCACGGGACCCAUGAGUGACUUCAAGAACGUGGGCCUGGUGUUUGUGAACAGCAAGCGAGACAGGACCAAAGCUGUCCUGUGCAUGGUGGUGGCGGGUGCCAUCGCUGCCGUCUUCCACACCCUGAUAGCUUACAGUGACCUAGGCUACUACAUUAUCAACAAGCUGCACCACGUGGACGAGUCGGUGGGGAGUAAAACAAGAAGGGCCUUCCUGUACCUCGCGGCCUUCCCCUUUAUGGAUGCCAUGGCAUGGACCCACGCUGGCAUUCUCUUAAAACACAAAUACAGUUUCCUGGUGGGCUGUGCCUCAAUCUCAGACGUCAUAGCUCAGGUUGUUUUUGUAGCCAUUUUGCUUCACAGUCACCUGGAGUGCCGGGAGCCCCUGCUCAUCCCCAUCCUGUCCCUGUACAUGGGCGCACUCGUGCGAUGCACCACUCUGUGCCUGGGCUACUACAAGAACAUUCACGACAUCAUCCCCGACAGAAGUGGACCGGAGCUGGGGGGAGAUGCAACAAUAAGAAAGAUGCUGAGCUUCUGGUGGCCUUUGGCUCUAAUUUUGGCCACACAGAGAAUCAGUAGGCCUAUUGUCAACCUCUUUGUUUCCCGGGACCUUGGUGGCAGUUCUGCAGCUACAGAGGCGGUGGCAAUUUUGACAGCCACAUACCCCGUGGGUCACAUGCCAUAUGGCUGGUUGACGGAAAUCCGCGCCGUCUAUCCUGCUUUUGACAAGAAUAACCCCAGCAAUAAACUGGCGAGCACAAGCAACACAGUCACCGCGGCCCACAUCAAGAAGUUCACGUUCGUCUGCAUGGCCUUGUCACUGACGCUCUGUUUUGUGAUGUUUUGGACUCCCAACGUUUCGGAGAAAAUUUUGAUAGACAUCAUUGGAGUGGACUUCGCCUUUGCAGAACUCUGCGUGGUUCCUUUGCGCAUCUUCUCCUUCUUCCCAGUUCCAGAUGACCUGUGUGUUCCCAUCCCCAGAGUACACGGAGCCACCCUGGGCGUGGGCUCCCUCCUCGCGGGGUUCGUGGGUGAAUCCACCAUGGUCGCCAUCGCAGCGUGCUAUGUCUAUCGGAAACAGAAAAAGAAGAUGGAGAAUGAGUCGGCUGCCGAGGGGGAAGACUCCGCCAUGACCGACAUGCCUCCAGCAGAGGAGGUGACGGACAUCGUGGAAAUGAGGGAAGAGAAUGAAUAAGGCACAGGACGCCCUGGGGCACUGCAGGGACAGUCGGGACGACACUUCAGCAUCAUCUCUUCCCUCUCCCAUCACGUUUUGUUCUUUUU